AUGCUGUGGAACUGGUACACGAUCGAUACCUGCUUCCUCGCCUCCAGUUGGCACGUCCGCUCCGAAGGAGCAUUUGCUGCUUCUUGCAUCGGUGCCGCCCUACUCGCUGUCAGCAUUGAGUUUAUGCGGCGAGUCGGGAAGGAGUAUGACAGCGCCAUCCUCGCUCAGUUCCAGCGCCGCGUGGCCGCGCGUGCAGCGGAUUUAAAGACAACAAACAGCUCCGAGGGCUGCGUCUCUGAGCCCCAGUUCGUGGUCUUUCGCGCCACACCUCUCCAGCAGCUCGUCAGGGCAGUCAUUCAUGGCGUCACAUUCGGAAUUGCAUACAUUGUCAUGCUGCUUGCAAUGUACUACAAUGGAUAUAUCAUCAUCAGCAUAUUUAUUGGGGCUGGACUGGGAAAAUUCCUCUGCGACUGGAUGGUGCAAAGGGUGCCGGCUGGCGGGAUGUUGGCAGCGUCGACUGGUCGGGGUAUCGAGGAGCCGACUGUUUGCUGUGGGUAA